UGAAAAUCCUUCGCCGGAAGCACUUUGUAAAACAACUUCCAGGUGUGCGCACAUUGCAGUCUGUAUAUUCCUAUUCAAACGCUAAAUUUAACAAACGUUCGUUUUUGGCGUUAUAGAAAUGAAUAGUUUAAACAAACCACAGGAAUAUGAUUCCUAUGAAAUAGAGGAACCAAGUGACGAGGAGAGAGCCGAGGACAGUUCGGAGGAUGAGUUGGACGUGCUUCUGAACGGGACAGCGGACCAAAAGAGGAAGCUGAUCAGGGAGUACCUAACGGGAGAAAGCGAGUCUUCCAGCGGGGAUGAGUUUGAAAAGGAGAUGGAGGCCGAGCUCAGCUCCACUAUCAAGUCUAUGGAAGGCACCUGGGCACCUGCAGCAUCAGACAGUUCAGGGACCAACGACAAUACUACCACUCCAGUGUUGCCUGCGGUGUACGACCAGAUCUACUUUGAUUCAGAUUCUGAGGAGGAGGAGGCUCCAAGCAGCUCCGCAGGUCGGAGGCGGAAGCAGCGUGCCAUCCCCACCAAUGACGAGCUACUUUAUGACCCAGACGAGGAUGACCGAGACCAGGCUUGGGUGGAUGCCAAAAGGAGGGGGUAUGGCAGUGACAGAAGACGGCAGCGAGCGAUUGGCCCCAGAGGUCAGAAGUCCAGUGCUCUCCCCAGCAGUGAUGCUGUCCUUAACUGCCCUGCUUGCAUGACCACUCUCUGUUUGGACUGUCAGAGACACGAUAAAUACAGAACGCAGUACAGGGCCAUGUUUGUCAUGAACUGCUCUGUGAACAAAGAGGAGGUGCUGAGGUACAAAACCCAAAAUGAGAGGAAGCGGAAGAACAGGAAGAGGAGGAGAGGACAACAGGAAGAAGUAGCAACACCACCACCAACAGAAGCCCAGUUGGGCACAGGCCCCAGAGGGAUGGAUGGAGAGGAGGCGUACCACCCGGUCCAGUGUACAGAGUGUUCUACAGAAGUGGCUGUGUUUGAUAAAGACGAGGUCUAUCACUUCUUCAACAUCCUGGCCAGCCACUGCUAAAGAGGACCCGGUGUUCUAAUAAGACUUUGUUGCUUUGCCUCGUAGGAUCCUAUCAACCCUGUCUGCCUGCCUAAACCUAGAAAAGUAUUGCCCUGAGACCUUAGAUGAAUCCCUCCUUGGUCUGUGGUAGAUGUUUGGGCUCACAUUCUGAAAUUAUGUUGGCUGGAAUGGCAUUGGUUACAAUGUUGAUGGUAGACAGGCCUGUACAGAUAGCAUGUAUACACUUGGUGGAGUGGGGGCAGGAGGUUGUCAGCAGACUGGGUUUUCCUUUUUGAUUUUUAUAACAUUUUCUGAGUUUAAUUUAGUUUGGCCUAAGUGCCCUUUUUGGACAUACUGUUUUAAUAACUACAUUUUCUGAAGUGUAUUUGCCUGAAAUAUCAGGCCAUUUUGUACAUAUUAACAUUUCAGAUUUUGUAAUUACAAUC